UCUUUGUCAAUCGUUGGUUGAAAGAACAAAAAUUAAUGGCGAGACUCCUCGUCUCUAUCCCUAUGCAAACCAAGCAAACAGCAGCCUUGUCGGCGUUUUCUCAGCCUCGAUUUCCUCCGCCGGCGAGCAAUUUCGUCGAUGGAGAGGCGGAGAGAUUAUGUCUUAACCGGAGAAUCAGAGACUGUUCUUUGGUGGCGCGAGCAGGGCCCAGUACGAGUAGCUACUUGCUCGCGUUCGCCAUUCCCGCUACUCUUAUAGCCGCCACUGUUUUCACUUCAGCCAAAAUCGCUGAUAAGCUCGACGAUGACUUCCUCGAGGAUAUUGCGUUGAAUCAAGCGAUGAAAGCGGUAGAAGAUGGUGAGAAUGCUGAAGGGGGAAGCUCGCUGGAUGAUUUGAUUAAGGAGCCUGUGCUUCAACGAACCCGUAAACGGCCGAAGCGUGAAGUUUAAGCAAUACACACUUACGCUUCUUCCAUUCAAUGAUCCGAUGACUCUGUAAUAAUAAUAUGUUGUGCUUGUAUAAGGAUUGUAGCCUUUUUGGUCACAUUUAUAGUUGUGGUUACUAAAAAAUAUAUAUAA